AUGUCCACUAACACCCACCAACUAGACUCCCAGAUCCACGACGUGAUCAUCAUAGGCGCCGGACCAUGCGGUCUCGCCGUCGCCGCCCGCUUACAAGAAGAGACACCUUCUGCGAUGUUCACAGAUGAAGAACACCAGCGCUACCACUGGAUCAAGAAGCACAGUGGGAAAAUGAACCUUGUGCAAGGCAGGAAAAGUAAGAUGAACGGUGUGCAGGCCGAGAAAUGGAAUGACGGCCACUUACCUGCUCGGAAAGACUCGCGAGCCAGACGUGAGUCUUCGGACUCGGCAUCUACUGUGCCAUCGUUAUCGUCCGGUUCUUCUUCCACGAUUGCCGAGCCAGUCUCGACGCUUAUAAUUGAUGGAUCUGGCGACGAGUGGAUGCAUAGGUGGUCGAAUCUAUUCCGCGCGCUGGAAAUUAAACAGUUGCGUAGUCCCAUGUUUUUCCAUGUUGACCCUGGGGACCGUGAUGGGAUGCUCGCGUACACCCAGGAGGUAGGUAGGGAGCACGAUCUGUGGGAGAUUCCGGGAUGUGUUGGAAAGGAGAUGAGCAAGCAUAAAAAGAAGAAGAGAAGACAGGGAGGAAAAUCGCAGACAAUCAGUGGCGUUGAGAUAGAUGAGCGAGAUCGCAAGGACUAUUUCUCUCCAUCAACCGAUCUUUUCUUCGAUUACAACUCCUCUAUCAUUGAGCGGUAUGGUCUGGACGAACCGGGGCAGAUCUUGCUGCGUGAAGUGACGGAUCUUGAGUACGACUAUCUCCCCGAGAAGGCAGACGUGCCUGUAUCCAACUCAAAGAUCUUCACCAUCACCACAUCGGCGGGCGAGAAAUUCUACAGCAAGGCGGCCGUGCUCGCCAUCGGAGCAGGAGGUGCAGAUAUCGCGAAGAUCUUUCCGUGGAGGCCAUCCAGUGAGAAAGAGGGCGCGAACGCUUGCUGUCACAGUAUGGAGAUCCGCUCGUUUCCCGCAAACCUUCAGACAAAAAUUCAGCGGCGGCAAGAGACGAACGUCUUGGUUGUUGGUGGCGGGUUGUCGUCGGCGCAGAUUGUAGAUAUGGCUGUUCGGAGGGGGGUUACCAAAGUGUGGCUUCUCAUGCGGUCAGAACUGAAGGUCAAACAUUUUGAUUUCAGCCUUCCCUGGGUGGGCAAAUUCAAGAACUGGGAGAAGGCGGCAUUCUGGUCUGCGGACACGGAUGAAGAACGCCUUGAAAUGAUCCAAUCUGCCCGCAAUGGUGGCAGCAUCACACCACGCUACACGAAAAUCCUCAAGCGUCAUGCCGCGCACCACCGCGCCUCCAUCCACCCGCGCACCGUCAUCCGCACACACGAAUAUAAUCCAGCAACACAGACCUGGGCAUUGGCCACUGAUCCGCCAAUUCCCGAUCUCCCACCGAUCGACUACAUUUACUUCGCCACCGGUACACGCGCAGACGUGGGCGAGAUGCCGCUCCUCAGCCGCAUGAGUGAGCAGUAUCCCAUAGAAGUAAAAGGAGGUCUGCCCUGUUUGACCGAUGACCUCAUGUGGAGAGACGAUGUGCCGCUGUUUAUAACCGGACGGCUUGCUUCUCUACGGUUGGGCCCUGCAGCACCGAAUCUCGACGGCGCGAGAGUCGGUGCGGAAAGAGUAGCCUGGGGGCUGGAGGAAGUGCUUGGGAUGAAAAGGGAGGUGGGAGGGCAGUGUGAAGGCUUUUGUGGACUAGGGAAUCGAUAUGCCUUUUUAGAUGGGCAUGGGAGUGAGGAUGAAUGA